CAGCAGCUACGGCCAACCCCUCGUUGACAAACCUUCCCUCGCGUGCAGCGGGACCACUGUCAGAGCAAACGACGACAUGGGGCGGCCAUUGACAGCGUUGGUCGCGGCCUGCGCCAUGGCCAACGCAGGAACGGUGUCAGCUUUUGCCCCACCUGGCCUCGCGGUAUCAGCUCGCUCCCGGUUUGUUCCUGCUAACUCGUGGACGUCGAGAUCAAGCGCACCAGCAGCGCGUCCUUCGGCGUCAGGGGCACGAGGGCUGCAGGCAAUGGUGGAGCCGGGGAUGAUGCACGGGGUGGACCCGGCAUGGUUGCACCAAGUCCUGACAGGAAUCGCGGACGGCGAUGUGGCGGCGGCGGUGGCCGAGGAGGCCGCCAAGGGAGGCGGCGGCGGCUUCCACCCGAUCGAGCUCCUGACGGGAGUCACGGAGGGGGCCAUCACUGGCCUGCACGACGUGCUUGCGAGCAUGGGGGUGCCCUCCGCCUACGGCGUCUCCAUCAUCUGCUUCACGCUCUUCGUCAAGGGCAUCACCUUUCCCCUCACGUACCAGCAGCUCUCGAGCACGACCAAGAUGCAGACUCUCGGGCCCAAGGUGAAGGAGCUGCAGGCGCGAUACGCGAACAACCCCGAGGCGGCCAACCAGGCGGUGCAGCAGCUGUACCAGACGGAGAACGUCAACCCCCUGGCGGGGUGCUUGCCCGCGCUGGCGCAGAUCCCCAUCUUCAUCUCGCUCUACAGGUCCUUGUUGAACCUGGCGAAGGAGAACAAGCUGACGGAAAGCUUCUUGUGGAUACCGAGCCUGGAAGGCCCCACCUUCGACUCCCCGCCCACCGAGAUGAUGAGCUGGAUCAAGGAUUGGUCAGACGGGGCGCCGAAGCUGGGCUGGCACGACACCGUCGCGUACAUGACCAUCCCCAUCAUCCUGGUCAUCACGCAGUCCAUCUCCACGCGGAUCAUGCAGCCGGCCAAGGACCCCUCCCAGCCGGUCGACGAGUCGCAGGCAGCGUCGCAGAAUGCAAGUAUCGUCAAGUUUUUGCCGCUGAUGAUUGGAUGGUUCUCGCUCAGCGUCCCUUCGGCGCUCGGGCUUUACUGGAUCCUCAACAACUUCAUCUCCACGGCAACGUCGGUGUUUAUCCGCAACCAGAUUGCCAACGAGACGGGCGACCCCAGCAUGAAGGCGCCCAAGAUAACCCUGCCGUUCAUGGAGGAGGAGCCGGAGGUGGUGACGAUGCCGGUACCGCGAGAGGCUCUCCCUGACAGCGCUGUGGUGGAGGAGACGAAGGGGUUCGUGCCUACUCCAGCGACGUUGGACGCGGAAGUCGAAGGGGAGAUCGUUCAGGAAGACGGGGCGCCGGCGCCCCGCGUAUCCUCGGAUUCUGCGAAACCCCUCAAGGGGUCAAAGAAGAAGAAGAAGAAGAAGAGAGCAAGGAAGUAAAUGCGAUGAUGAAUUCGAGUGGCAUGAAGCUGGCAGCGCAGGCCGCUCUACGGCAGGAGAAUUUCACGGGAAUAUUUGCCAUCUCCAGCUACUCCUACUGUAGUGUGACGCGUCGUGGCACAAAUGAACAGCGAGCAUGCACCCCCCCCCAACUUGCGCGCCCCCGUUGUGUCCCAACCGACCCCAUCCCCGGUGACUAGCACUAGUGUUUUCCGUUGUUUUCUGUCUUUUCUCGUUCGGGGUGAAAAUAGUGGGAGCAAAUGCUUGGCAAUGUCGCCGCCGGGUGCGUUGUAUUUCCUCUUGAGCUAUUUGUAGAUGAAGUUUACCAUACCGACGAGCGGUAAAUGUGCACGGUGGGUUGGGAUGCAUGGUGGGUUGGGAUUCUGGCAUUGCUGUUAUGCGCACAACGUGGUUGAGUCGGAAAGAAACACAGAACACGUUCAGCGAUUCGGUUGGCAUGUCUUGCGACUUCAUACCACCGUCUGUUAUUGGGGGCCGAAGCCACUCGUCAGCGCAAGAUAAGUCUGCCGUGUUAACGCACUGGUACGCAUACGAUAGAAGAGCUCUGUGCGCGGCGGGGCGGGAAGAGGGAGUGGGACGGAGAUAGAGUUCUACGUUUCACCGCAACCCACAGCAGCAGCAGUGGCAAACAUGCGAUGCCGGGGGGGGCGCGUCUGUAAAGUCUUGCAGGCAGUUUAUGCCGUGGAUGGAACGGAACACACACGUGUUUGUUUGAGGUUUGGGUGUUGUCAUUUGCGAGGUUACAGCCAUAGAAGAUUAUUUGGUGCGUCCUCCUGUCUGCGAGCGCUGAGUGCGAGGGAGAUGAGAGGGUCCCGCUAUUCUCGACAGUGUUAGCAUACUAAAUCAGAACACGUUACACUUUUUUGGAAC